CCUUCAUGGGAAAGAAAUCGAUAAUGAAGUAAUGUGCAUGCGCAUUGGCACGAAAGGAAAUCAAGCGAUUUGUGAAGUCCUCCCAAAGAGGGGUCUGUAGUUCAGGCCCAGUGAUCUUUCGAAGCUUUAAUCCAAAUCAGCACCGUUAUUUCGGUUGCAAAGAAAAUGAAUUAAAAAAAGACCCCUAUUACUUCUCCUGACAAGUUUCGGAAUAACAUACACAUGCAAAAAUGGUUUUAUCUCAAAGACAAAAGGAUGAAUUAAACAGAGCUAUAGCUGAUUACCUUAGCUCCAAUGGGUAUCUAUCAGCUCUAGGUGAAUUUCAAAAAGAAGCUAGUCUGCCAGGAGAUAUAGAUAAAAAGUAUGGUGGCUUACUGGAAAAGAAAUGGACAUCAGUUAUCCGCCUACAGAAAAAGGUCAUGGACCUGGAAGCAAAACUGUCCGAGGCAGAGAAGGAAUACAAUGCCGGGGGUCCAUCUAGGGAUCGCCGCAGCCCUUCGGAAUGGAUACCACGACCCCCAGAACGCUACACCCUGAGUGGUCACCGAAGCCCAGUGACCAGGGUGGUGUUUCACCCAACCUACAGUGUCAUGGUAUCGUCCAGUGAGGAUGCUACAAUUAAGAUCUGGGAUUAUGAGACAGGCGAUUAUGAAAGAACUCUAAAAGGUCAUACAGAUACUGUGCAGGACAUUGCCUUUGAUCAUACUGGGAAGUUUUUGGCAUCGUGCUCUGCUGAUAUGAAAAUUAAGUUGUGGGACUUCACUUCUUAUGAAUGUGUCAAAACACUCUAUGGCCAUGAUCACAAUGUGUCCAGUAUUUCGUUUGUGCCAAGCGGAGAUCAUCUGGUUUCCUCUUCCCGAGAUAAAACCAUCAAAAUGUGGGAGAUAAGCACAGGAUUUUGUGUGAAAACCUUCACUGGACAUAGGGAGUGGGUGAGAAUGGUCAGGGUCUACCAUGAUGGGUCACUUCUAGCCAGCUGUUCUAAUGACCAGACUGUUAGAAUAUGGGUAACAGCUACCAAAGAGUGUAAAAUGGAACUAAGAGAACACGAGCAUGUUGUAGAAUGCAUUGCCUGGGCCCCAGAAUCAGCACAACCAACAAUUAAUGAAGCAAUCAGUGCAGAGAACAAGAAAGAGAAAAGAUCUGGGCCAUUCCUGAUUUCUGGAUCACGCGACAAAACAAUCAAGAUGUGGGAUGUCAGUGUGGGUCUGUGUUUGUUUACACUGACGGGACACGACAACUGGGUGAGAGGCCUGGUAUUCCACCCGGGUGGCAAGUACAUCCUGAGUGCCUCUGACGACAAGACACUGAGAGUGUGGGACAUCAAAAACAAGAGAAACCACAAAACCCUGGAUGCACACUCCCAUUUUACUACUUCUCUAGAUAUGCACAAAAGUGCUCCUUUUGUGAUAACUGGCUCUGUUGACCAGACAGUCAAAGUAUGGGAAUGCCGUUAGGAACCUUAUUUUCUUUUUCAGACAAUAGUAGAACAAUAUAAUUUAUUUAUUACUGCAUCUUUGUGCUCUCAAAGCCUGUAAACCACCUCAGCGGUUAUGCUGUCAGGAUCAUGUUUGUCUCAACUCUUGCAUACUCGGCUUGCUUUUAUGUAAAUCUGCAUUCCCCAAACCCCUGUUGUGCUGUAAUGUUAACAGUAUUAACCUGUUGAAUUUAUUUUUUAAACUGCCUCUGAGCAUACAGUUUUACUAAAACUUAAAGGGGAUAUCAGCAUUUUGAGCUUUUUUAUAUAAUCUGCUAUACCUUUGUCAUUUUGGGUAAUGUUUAUUUACGGCAUGAGAACAAACCAGUAGUGUGCAUAUCCAAGAAGCCAGUUAAGAACUCCAGGGUUAAAGUGUUCAUUUGUUUAUAUACUCAGGAUCGUGAGUCCCGUGUUCAAACCCACAUUAAGUGAUCUCGGAAAGUCAGAUGUUCGUACAUUGUAGGACAGUUGUUUCUGCGUUAUUGGUGAAGGGAGAAAUGUGAGUUGGAAACACAACUCAAGUAUAGUCUUCUGUGUAUCUUCUAGUAUAUAAGUACCUUCAGAAAGAGGAAAUAUUAAUCCAAAUCUACUGUUUUAUAUCAGUAUUGGGGCUACAUUAUACUAGUACAAAGAUGAACUUUGAUAUUCAGAAUAUGUCAUGUAUAAGGUGAAGAUUUUGGAAAGAUAUUUUUUUAAUGGAAAAUUUGGGGUCACAAAAUUCAUUGGUGACUUCAUGGGUCUAUUAUUCAUCAGGUUCAGCUCACAAGUCAUGGGUGACAAAAAUUUGUUUGAACCAUUAGAGAAGAGCAUAGAUUCAUUAUUGUAUUAAAAAUGGAUGUGAAUAUUGAAUUGUAUUCAUACCAGUAGUUUUAUUGUAUUUCUAUUUAAUUGUAAGAGUGAUUAAAUUUAUUUAUAAUUGAUCAAAUAAUUAUUAAAGUAUAUGUACAGUGUAUGUAGAUUGUGUCUAGUGAUUCUGACACUAUCAUCCCAUAUGUAGUAUAUUCAAUUUAAAUUUAUUCAGUGAAUUAUAGCUUUCCUAUAGAUGUGUUGCACUGAUUUUUUUUCAUUUUCAGUCAUUUACAUGGUUGCAUCAUUGAAAACAAAUUUUUGAUUGUGAGAUUUUUUAGUUACAUCUUUGAAACACUGUUUAUUGAAAGUUCACGUGUGUCAGAAAUAUUUUGUUGAAAAGGGUACCACUGUCUUUCAAUCCAAUGGAUAUUAUGAGGAAAUGGCAAAUUUGCUAAAGUUAUCAGAGUGCAAUUUUUUAUUAAACGAUGUUUUAUGCCUUUAAAUGGUGUUCAGUAUUUCUCCAGAACUUUAAUCAAACCUGAUGGCUCACAAAAUCAUAGAAUUUAUAAUUUCUAGGCAUAAUCAUGCAAUGUAGCAGAACAGUUUUCCUAUAGCCGUAAUAUUUUUUUUUAAAUGAAAGACAGUGUUAUCUUCUCCAACAAUGCAGUGUACAGCACAGCAAUAUACUUAUAUAUGUGGAUGUAAUGUGUUGUUCAGUUAUAGAUGAGGGGUUUAUCAUGGUAGGUGCUGCUGCACACCUCCAUAGAUAGCCCCCCUUCCAAGAACUCAGGGAGACUCAUACUCCAAACCCUCCUUUAGCAUGUUGCCAAAGGACCAACUAUGUGAUUUGUAUAGCAUCACAAAAAAUGUAAUCUUGUGGUUUUCUUUAGAGGUAAUGUGUAUGCAGAUAUGCCCAUACUAGAUAAUCUGCAGGUAUUUAUACUUGCCUAACCCGAUGAUGUUACAGGUGCUUACUGCCAAUCUCCAACAGUUGAAUUACGACAUAUUUAAUAUGCAUUGUUUUAUUAUGAAUUUUUCUUUAUUUUGCUGAUGACUUGACUGUGAUAAAUCUUAUAUUUUUUCUACAAAUCUGGUAUUACAAUGUCAAAUUUUUGUUGAUUUUUUUUAUAUUGUUUCUUGUUAACCUUUGACCGAUAUUGCUGAAGUUGUGUUCUAAUGAAUCCUCACAAAAAGGGGUGUGGCAUCUAUGCAAAGGACGGGUGUUGGUGUGUGUUGAUUUUCUCUUGAUCUGGACAGAAUCGGCUAUAAAUAUGCAAAUCAAGUAUAAGAAGCUGACUAUACAUUUCUACUGCUUGAAGUUUAUAGUCAGUCUUUUAUGCUCUUAUAAAAUAAGUGCUUGGUUGUAUUUCAGUUGUAUAAAAGACAUAAUUUUGUACACCUGAAAUACAAUGUUACGGAUGCUAGUUUUAUAAAAAGGUGAACUUAUAUGAGUACAUGUUUGCUUGUGGUGUCAUUUUUUUGUUCACUAUUUGUGAUCUUAUUAAGUUAAAGAAGUGAGAAAAAAAUAUCAAUUUUUAUGUCACUGAAAAUUUAAAAAAAAAAAGUCCAUGUUAUUUGUUUUCAGUUAUAUGACUACAGCUUUAUUCAGAAAGAAAAAAAUCAGAACCAAAUUAUUCAGUCAUCCAAUAUUCAUUUUGUUUUAUUUUUCUGUAUGAAUAGUAUUGAUGUCUUUAGCAGAAGCAUUGUUUAAAAUUGCUUGAUACUUUUGUUUCGGUCCAUAAAAUCCUUUUUCUUCCCACACAUUUCUUGCCUACAUUUUCCAAAGCCAUUUGCUUGUGAACAAUGUAGGAUGAAGUGAGAGGAUUUUUUGAGAUAAUCUGGUUUUUGUCAAUAUGCCAACUUGGAAGAAAAUUUUGCACUUUGUCAUGACCCAUAUUUGUUGGUUACUGUAUUAACUGUCUGUAAUCAAAUCAAUGCUUUUUGCUGUUUGUUAAGCUUUGUGUGAUGUCGAGUAAAUAUGCCUGUCUUGGACACAAAUCCAAAAGUCUUGACAUAAGUUGCCUUUGGACAGAAUCUCUGUUCUGUGCGGUUUGAAGGGAUGUGCCGAUUUGUGGCUAAUUGAAGGGAGAAGUCACAUGACCUUGUCAGUUGAGGAUUUUAAUCUUUGAUCUGAUUGUUAUUGUGUAUUAUGUCAAUAAAUUAUAAUGCUACAUGAA